AUGAAUACAUUCGAGUGUACCUUCGCCGACUUCGAUAAAGUGUUUUCUGCUGAGUGCAGUAUGACCCGCCAUGCUAAAUUAAACGACAGUGUAAAAUUCAAUGCGCUCCUGUGUAUCGCUUCUAUGUGUCCUAAAUCGUUUACGCGUAAAGGCAACCACGAUACUCAUGUUAAAAUGGAGGAAGGGUUGCUUUGCCAGCUAUUGUUCCCGACAUUCAAGCAGGACCGUCAAAUGCCGUCGCCAGACCAUCGACCUCGACCGUGCUAUGGACUAUCAACGAGGAAAAUGACGAACUGUUUAUGGAAAUCGAUUUGGAUAUUUGCGACAACGAAUGUAAGAUUUCUUUUAUUAUAUCAUACCACAUAAGGAAUAGCGAGGGAAUUAGAUAGAAUUAGGUAGAAAAUGCAUACUCAAAGAAGAAACCACCGCUAAAGUGAAGAAAGCACGGAUGGAUAUAGUAAACACCCCGGGAUUUAUCGAAAUCGAAUCGUCUUUCUCACGAAAAAUUGUAUGGUAUCAAAAAUCUCGAUAAUUUCUUUAACUACAGACAAUUCUUCUGUUCAAUCUAACCCGUAGUUAUAGACCUCCUGAAAUCUAUAGUUGUAUUAAAUCCAAUCAAAUUCAAUCUGAAACUGGAAGCCACAUAUUAAAAACCACAAGUAGACAAUUUUGUCGUCAAUAGAGCGUUCAAGACAGGCCGAUUUUCCCUGAUAGCGAUAUAGAAGACAUAUUAAAACAAAAAUUAACGAAAGUACUUUUCGAAGAGGAUAUUUAUCAGGGACGAGGAAGUGAGUUUUUCUUACAGACGAUAGACGGCCUUUUAUUAGGAGUUUAUAAAUUUCAAUCUAUGGGUGGUAUUUCGUAUAUCCCGCUACCCAAAAAUAUAACAAAUAAAAAAGCCGUUAUCAACUCGUAUAAUAACUUACUUCUUCGCGGAUGAAGAGUGUUUUAAGUGGGUAAUUUUGCAAAACACGUAACGGGGGUUCAUGAUUAUCGUAUCAAUCACAAUUAUACGAAACACGAAACGAAGUACAAUUUUAGUGGAUUGACGUACCCAACCCCGCUCAUGAACAUUAAAAAAUUUUAAAAAAAUAAUUCAAAUGCGUCCGUAAAUGUUUACGGACUGAAGAAGAAAAACUAAAAAACGGUACUAUUCGAUUACUAUUAUUAAAAAUUCGAUAUACCUACCGAGCCGAUUUUAUACAGAGAAACACAAAACGAAUCGGAUGUGGAGAAAAACAUUUUGUAGAGCAGAUAGUUGAUAUCAGUAAGAAAGUGGAGAAUUUAUUGGAGACGAAUAAACCAGUGAAGAUUGACAGACAUGUAGCGAGCGAAAAUUGUAAUUUGUCACUGUGGAUUUUUUACCGCGAAUCCGAAGGUCGAAGACCAUAACCACCUAUCCGGUAGAUAUUGGCAGGUGUUAUGCAAUACUUGUAAUCUAAAAUUACAAGUAACGAAAUUUGUCCUCUACUUCUUCCAUAAUUUAUCGAACUACGACUUGCAUUUUAUCGUCACGAAGUUGGGUUAUGACGCGCAAACAAUUUCCGUCUCACAGAACAGCGAGGAGAAAUUUGCAUAGUUUUCGAAGUACGUGAGUAACACCAUCACUAUACGAUUUAUCAAUACAUUUAGAUUUAUGGCGUCAAGUCUCGUUUCUCUCGCGUCCUAUCUAAACACAGUCGAAUUCGAGAAGUUUCAUGAGACGAAAAAAAUAUUUAAAACAGAUGAUAUGCCCUUGGUGACGAAGAAGGACGUAUACCCAUAUACACAUAUACACAUAUAUACAAGUAUACGGAGAGUUGGGACAAGUUGGAAGAAGAUACAUUACCGGAGAAGGAAGACUUUUACAGUACGUUGACUGAGGAGAAUGUCAAGGACGAUGAGUACGAGCACGCGAAAAUAGUUUGGAGACAUUUUGGAUGUAAGACGUCGAGUGAGUACAGCAAAUUAUACUUGAAAAUCGACAUCAUGUUGCUGACGGACGUCUUCGAGAACAUAAGAGAUAUUUGUAUGACGACCUACAACCUCGACCCGGCAUUUUAUUACACGAAACCCGGAUUCAGUUUCGAUUGUAUGUUAAAAUAUACGAAGAUUAACUUGGAACUUCUAUCGGACUAUGAUAUGCUACUGAAGUUUGAAAGAGGUAAACAAUUUUAUAUUAUUUUAUAUAGCAAUUAUAUAUUAAUCGAACAUUUUUACUUUUUCAGGGAUACGUGGCGGAUUGGUGCAAGCUAGUAUGUGGUACGCAAAAGCGGACAACGACACCACAAAAGAAGAUUCAUGGAUUAUAUAUCAUGAUUUUAAGUACACAUAUUAUUUUAAAAUAUAUUAGUUACAUACUUAUAAUUUUUUGUAUAUUUCUAGUAACAAUUUAUACGGGUGGACGAUGUCAUAGUACGUGCCCCACGGUGGCUUCCAGUGAGUAGGAUUAUGCAGUUCAAUCAGUUACCGUGGUUGAAGAAGUAUAUUAACUUGAAUACCGAGAUGAGGAAGAAGGCAACUAAUGAAUUUGAGAAGAACUUUUACAAACUGAUAAACAAUGCAUUAUUUGGUAAGUUAUUAUUAUUAUUAUUAGAACUUGUAUGUUAUUAUAUUAUUAUAAUUUUAUUGGUAAGACGGUGGAAUCUAUGAGACGGAGGAUUGACAUUGAACUGGUAUCGAGUGAGAAGAGAAUGCAGAAACUGAUAAACAAAACAACGUUUAAACACUGUACUUCUUAAAACGAAAAUCUAUGUGUAGUGACACUAGAGAACAAAAUACACUUCUACAAACCAAUUAAUAUAGGUAAGAACCUCAUUUAAAAUUAUGUAUUAUAUAUUAUUUAAGAAAUAAUUAUAAUGUUUGUAUUCAUAUGUUUACAGGAUUUGCUAUGCUGGACAUAUCCAAGACCAAAAUAUACAACUAUCAUUAUAAUGUUAUGAGGAAGCAUUUCAAAGACAAUAUCAACUUGAUGUACACUGAUACAGGUAAAUUGUUAUUAUUUUUUUUUUCUUAUACAUAUUAUAUUGUUUUUCAGAUCCGUUGGUGUACCAUAUUGCUACGAGGGACUUUUAUGCUGACUUACUAACCAGACCAGGGCUUUUGUAG